AUGCAUUAUGAAAUUUAUGAAUAUAGUGAUAAUAGUGAUUCUGAUAUAAUUAAUACAGUUAUUUGUCAAGGGAAUGUAUACAAAACUACAAUGGUUGAUGGUAGUUUUCAUGAGCAGUAUGUUUAUGAAAUGAAUAAAACACAAGGACCCAGUUUGAUGACCUGUGUUAUUCAAGAACCUAAAAAUCUGGAUGAGAAUUCUGAGAUUUCUUUAAGAGAAAUUGGAACACCUUUUGCAUCCAUGCAAUCAUUUAAUAACAUGGCUCUAGCAUUGAAACAUGUUUUUAAAUAUUUGAAAACGCAUGAGCUGUUGUCAGCUUCUAGAGUAUGUACAGCCUGGAAUAUAAUUGCAAUGAAUAAAUAUUUAUGGCAGAAUGUUCGCUUAAAAAAUUCUAUGGUCUAUGACUGGGAAAGAUUUGUAGACUCAAUUGAUCAACAAAGAACUGAUACAUUAGACACUAGACGUAUGAUGAUACCUUCCAAAGUUGAAGACUUCGAAAGUUUUUGGUUGAGAUUUGCAAAUGCAAUGAAAAGAGCACAACACUUAAAAUUCAUUGAAUUGUAUAGAUGCCCUGUCCUUGUUGUUGAAGAUAUUAUUUACUCAUUACCUCAAAUUGAAGUACUUAAUGCUACUUCAAUAAAAAAUCCAAAUGUGAUGAAAGAGACAAAAAAUCCCAAUGAUAUAAUGUACCUCAACUUAAAUUAUUUGGGACAAAUGACAAAUCUCACAGAGUUAAGACUAAAAGGUUUAACUGGAAUAAAAUUGACGGCAUUGCCAUCAUUUAAAAAAUUAAGAAAUUUGAAUAGAUUUUCAUUAACCUCUAUUAAAGCAUUUCCAAAAGAGAUCUAUCAGAGAUUGAAUACUAUUACUGAUAAUAUUGAGUUUUUUGAAAUUGGUGAUUGUGAAUACUUAACAAAGGAUUUUGCCGUGUCACUAAAAAGAUUUGUCAAUUUGAAAACAUUGAGACUAGAAAAUUGCUGUAAUGGAUGGGAUAAAUCUGCACAUGAUGUUUUUACUGUCAUUAGAGGUCUUAAAAAGCUCAAUGUUCUGGAAUUGGUAAACAUAGAAUUCAGUAAUUGUGUAGAAGAGGAAUUGGGAAAAUGUGAUGGUAUUAAAAGAUUACUGAUUAUUCCUUCUUAUAUAAGCCAAUCCGCAACUACUAACCGUCACCUGAUUGAUUGUCUCAAGAAACUCUCCAAGACAUUAACACACUUGGUUUGGGGAUUGACUGUUGAGUUACUCGUUGUUACAGACUUAUUUAUAACUCAAUAUCUUCAGAACCAGCAUAUUCUUAGUUAUAAUUUAGAAUUACCCCAUACUAAAGAAACGACCAACAAUAUACCUAUACUCAGAACAAGAAAGUCCCGACAGCUACCAGGAGUUGAGGGUACUGCUGAAGAAAAAAAUGACAAGUCAAAUAAUGUUGAUAUACUUUCAGUUCCUGCUCUAGAGAAAUUGUUAGAUACUAUGAUGCCUGAUGCGAAGACUAAGGUAAUUAAAGUUCCUUUUUCUGGAACAGGUAGAGUUAAUUUGAGUGAACAGUUAAAAUAA